AUUGGUCGGGAUCGGGGAUUUGUCAACUGUAAACGUUUCAUAGAUACAUGUAUGUAUGUGGACCGUCACAUGUCAUACCUCACAUUUAACCAUAUACCAUUAUGCCUGGUGUUCGAAUAUCUGUGGACCCCCAGGAGGCCUUAAUAGAUGAAGAAGUGGACAUCCGAUUAGAAGGACUGCCCCCGAAUGGAAGGGUCACUAUCAAAGCCUCCGUUAAAGAGGGGGGAAUCCCGAUGUCGUCCUAUGGGUGCUACACGGCCACAGAGCGGGGCAUAGUCAGUGUGAGGGACCAGGCCUCAUUGGAGGGGACAUACACAGGCGUGGAACCUAUGGGACUUUUCUGGAGUCUAAAAUGGGAACCGAGCUACACAAGGUGUGGGCGUAUGAUUAAAUAUGACGUGGACACGCCCCUCAUUGUGACGUUACUUGUGAUUGACGGCCACUAUUCUUGGGAGAAUUUGUUUGAUCCGUCCAUCAAACCACUCGCAGUGAUAGAGGUGCGCAGACGGUACAAGCAUAAGAGUAUUCGACGAAUAGAAGUAAAGCAUGGAUCGACGAGGGGAUCACUGUUCAUUCCCCCGGGACAUGGGCCGUUCCCCGGGGUGAUUGACAUCAUGGGGGCCACAGGAGGGUUACUUCAUUACCGAGGGGCCUUAUUAGCUUCCAAGGGAUUCGUUGUUUUAUGCCUGUCUUAUUAUAAAUAUGAAGACCUGCCAAAAAAACCAGAAGACAUCACGUUCGAUUAUUUCAUAGAGAGUACUGAGUGGUUUUUAGGCUUACCGGAAGUAAAGAAUGAUGGAAUUGGUAUAAUAGCAAUGUCCAAAGGAGGCAUGUUUAGCUUAUUGCUAUGCAUGCAUUUCCACCAGAUAAAAGCAGUGGUGUUAUCCAGCAGCGUGACUUUUGUCUCUGAUUAUCCUUUGAAAUUCUCCAAGGGAGACAUUCCAAAUGCCUUGCAUGUGGUUCAAAACAUUCGAACUACGUCUGAAGGUGAAGAAAUCCUCGACGUCUAUCAACCAACUGAUGAUGAUUUCAUCAAAGUAUGGGAGAGUUCGGCUUCGGUCCUGUGUUUUGUUGGGGACGACGACAGGUGUCUGAACCCCGCCAUCACAGAACGCUUCAUACAGCUGGUCCCCAAGGAACACACACAUCGGUUCCAGCUCCUCAGGUAUCCGGACACCGGCCACUUUAUCGACCCGCCAUACUCGCCCUGUUUCCGGACAUCGUUUCAUGGAUUGUCAGGAUCCGUGAUUGCCUGGGGCGGAAGUCCAAAGGGAAGCAAUUUGGCACAGGAAGAUUUUUGGCGGCGAACUGUGGACUUCUUCUCCCGUCGUCUGGGGCGCGGGAACGCACGUGGGGUGGUCCCUUACAAGUCUAGUAACCUCUAGAUUAAGAAUAAUUGUUGGACAGUUCAAAAUCGUCUACCUGUGAACCAGUUUUUAGGUGAAAUAACACAUCACUAAAUUGCUGACCUCUGAUCAAAACGAAAUUGCUGACCUCUGAUCAAAACGAAAUUUAAAAGGAUUUUAACAACAGCAAUUUGUAACUUACUCCAUAGCCGUGUGGAUAAAGUGUCGGGUUUGUGAUUUGUACAUCUGGAGUUUGAAUCCCGUUGGGGCUUUUGUUGUUACUUUCUAAUAAAUAUUUAUUAAUCAGAAAAAUGGCCACGAUCGUCAAGCCCUGUUUACCUCAGCAGGAACUUGAUAACACAACUUUUUCACCCCUACCCCACCCCUUUAUACCUCAAUCAUGAGUCUCUUCUAACUCACAGAAGUGACUGUUCGAAUCCCGUUGGGGCUUUUGUUGUUACUUUUGUUGUUACUUACUGAAUUCAAUUAAUUUUUGAGAUUUUUUUUCCCCAAACUGCAAAUUCUUUGAUUAUUUGACAUAUGUAUAAUUUAUUUUUCAUUAUAUCUUUCAUAAUCAAAUAAUUUACUGUUGAUUUGAGUAUCAUUUUAAAUUCAAACCUUCUGAAACUAUGUGUAUGGAUAAUGUUGAACAUCAGUAUGAUUAAUCUUUAAAAUCAGUAUGAUUUUUACUUGAUUUGGCAUGUUUGUUUGUCCUGCUUUUCCUACAAGCGAAAUAAUAACCAGAUUAAUAAGAAGAUUACGUUUACUAUCGUUUUGGUAAUAUUACGGACCAAUGACGUAAGCUAUAUGAUGUCAUCAAAUGAAACAAAGUCGGAACAAACACCUAAUGAAGAGUUUUCAUUUAUAUAUAGACAGUAGCAUGAUUCUUAUCCAAAUUAUUAGGAAUUUUAGUAUGCAAUAGUCGAGGAUUGAUAAAUAGAAAAUUAACUUGAAUCAAAUUGUCAUAAUGAGAUCAUCAAAUGAUCAUUUCGUAGUUAACGAUAAUAAUUCAUAUUACAAUGUAACACAAGUGAAUUGCAAUUUUAUUAUAUGCACACAGUGGUUAAUUUACAUGUACAUGUAUUAUCCACGAUAUUUAUUAUACAAAAGUUGAUAUUAUUUUCUGUAACAAAUAAUGAAUUUAAUUUGUAGUAUUUUUGUUGUUUAUUAAUAUAUUUUAAAUCCAUAUUAUUUUAACAAAUUUUAAUAAUGAAAGACAUGUACAACAUGGGCAGAGGAGGAAUUUGUGAAUAAUAAUAAUAAUAACAAUUUUUCGUUUGAUUUUAAGUCUGCAUUCAUUUGUAUUCAUUAAUUCUGUUGUUACUGCACUAUUUGGCAAUAUUUAUUUUUUUUGUCUUAAAAACUAAAUUGUCCUUAGAUAUGAAUGAAGAUAAUGGAAACGAUUUCCGGCCCGGGUCAUCUCCCCUGUCAAGUUACAAUAAUUUGUUUCCUCAGAUAAGCAAUGAAGAAACAAUUGUAUUACCUGUACCUACACCUGUAACUAUACACUUUCACAGGGCAAAAGUUUGCCUGGUACAUGUAACUGCAGGAAAACAUUCAUUCAUAAUGGCCUUCAACUCAACAUUCUGGUGUAUCGACGGCGUAUUAUCAAUUAACAAUUGUUAUUUCCAUACUUACGUCGACUCGAUAUAUCCCAGUGAACUUGAAAUAAAAGAUACCACAGUCUGCGUCA